UCUCUCUCUCUCUCUGCUCUUGCUCGUUGAAAUCGCCUUGCUCUUGUCGCGGAUUCUGAUUUUCUGGUUCCGUUCUUGAUGUUUUUGAGCUUGGUCGAGGAAUCUCAAGGUGUUCGUACUUGUUUUGAAUAGGAUUCAGAUUUUCGUAGGUUGUGUGCAGAAGAAGCGAGGGGAUUGUUUUGGGAAAUUUUAUGCAGAGGGAUGGGGUAUCUAAACUCAGUGUUGUCAUCUUCAAGCCAGGUUCAUGCCGAUGAUGGGCCGGUCAGCGGCGGUGGCCUCAGCCAAAAUGGAAAGUUUAGCUAUGGAUAUGCAAGUUCUCCUGGCAAAAGAUCUUCGAUGGAGGACUUCUAUGAGACAAGAAUCGAUGGUGUUGAUGGGGAGAUUGUUGGUCUAUUUGGAGUCUUCGAUGGACAUGGAGGUGCACGUGCAGCUGAAUAUGUGAAGCAAAAUCUUUUCAGUAACCUGAUCAGACAUCCGAAGUUCAUUUCUGAUACCAGAUCUGCUAUAGCCGAUGCAUACAACCAUACAGACUCAGAAUUUUUAAAAUCAGAAAAUAGUCAGAACAGAGAUGCUGGUUCAACUGCUUCAACAGCUAUCCUAGUCGGUGACCGUUUACUCGUGGCAAAUGUAGGGGAUUCCAGAGCUGUUAUAUGCAAAGGCGGCAAUGCUGUUGCGGUUUCCCGAGAUCACAAGCCUGAUCAAAGUGAUGAGCGUCAAAGAAUUGAGGAUGCAGGAGGAUUCGUCAUGUGGGCUGGAACUUGGAGAGUUGGAGGGGUUCUAGCUGUUUCUCGUGCAUUUGGCGAUAGGCUGCUGAAGCAGUACGUUGUGGCUGAUCCAGAGAUUCAGGAGGAAAAAAUCGACAGCUCUCUCGAAUUUCUUAUACUUGCGAGUGAUGGACUAUGGGAUGUCGUAUCUAACGAGGAAGCAGUGGCAAUGAUAAAACCGAUAGAAGAGCCAGAGGAAGCGGCGAAGAAGCUGAUGAUGGAAGCGUACCAAAGGGGAAGUGCCGAUAACAUAACAUGCGUCGUGGUUCGUUUCUUGUCCAACGAAGGCGGAUCCACCAGCUCGAGCCACCAUGUCAACAAUAGCAUCAUCACCACCAACGAGGGCGGCAACGACUCGUCUCACCAUUCUAGUUAAAACAUGUGACCAACCAGACGUACACGUAAAAGCAAUUGCAAACAGACAGAAGCAAAGAAAAGAAAGAAAGGGAUCAUUCAUUAUUCUCUCAGUAGCAAAGAAAAGAAGAAAUGGAUCAUGUUAAGAAUGCUACAGAAGGGAGAAUAAAACGUUGUUUGUCGGUGUGGCGUUCGGAUUUGAUGUUAAGAAUGCUACAUUUUAUGACCACAAAUCGGAUUCAAAAUAAUAACCCCUUCCCCAAAAAAGGA